AAGACAGCUGGAAGGAAGAAUAACAACGUAACACUACGAAGUGCGCGCGUGUGUGAGAAUUGAAAUGUAAAGUUAUAUUGUAGCCUAAUAAGUGGCAUAUAGUUAGUGCAACAUAGCCUACUUUUCAGUAGCCUAACCAUAACGAGAAAUGGAAGCCUACACUAAAUGUUAGCGAUAGCCUACAUUUCUUGGCUGUAGCAUUUGUGAAGAGGAAAGAGGAAAAGUUCAACUGGAAAUCUCAGCCAGUGUCGCUAAACCAAAUACUGUACACCGCAGUAAUGCCAGUAAUACUCAGUAACAAAUCAGACGAUGAAAUAAGGAUAUUAUUAGACGACUACGGGAUCAAACAUGGGCCAGUUGUUGAUUCAACGCGGCAUUUAUACGAGAAGAAGCUCAGAGAUGCUAUGGAAAACGAGAGAAAGGCCAGAUUGAGACCCAGGCCACCCUCCGACAGGUCGCAUUACAGAGAAGAGGAGGAAGAGAUCACUUAUGAACGCCGUCGUCCUCAAAUGAGUUAUCUCAGAGAUGAAGAUCUUCGUGAAAGACAAUGGCGAUACAGAGAAAUGGAUGAUGUAGAUAACUACAGGAUGCAAGCCACGUACCGCAACAUGUCCCAGUCCGUACCAGCUGCUUCAAGGUUGGGAACGGCACCACUGGCCACUGAGGAGAAGAGCCCCUCAAGCUCCGGCAUUCCACUGUGGGUGAAGUUCCUGGUGUUCCUGCUAGUAGCAGCCGUCCUCUUCUUUGUCUUCAUCAACAUGGAGCCAGCUGAGCAAGAACCCUUUAAAAGAUUAGGUUAGCCAGGCAGGUCUGAAUAAUUCAGUGUUUUACAUUUGGUUUAUAACUAAAGUUAUUGGCCUCUGUUCCGUUGCCACACAGAUCCUGGAGGGUCUAUGUACAUAGGAAUAGCCAUGGCAAAGGUUGUCUCCAGCUUUGUAAAUGACAUACCCUUUACUGCCUUUAUUUUUGCAAGGCAGUAAAGGGUAUGUCUGCCUCUGCGUAUGCCCAAUCACACAACUGCUGAUCCAAUUUAUUUCAAGUUUUCUGACCAGGUAGAGCAGGGGUGUCAGACUCAUAUUAGGCAGUGGGCUGAAUUUGUUGGAGUGAGACUUUGUGGGGGGCCAUCACUGUCAUUAUGGGUAUCAUUUACAUCUACAUCCUUCAUUUAGGAGACUGCUGAUUGCUGUUUGAUGAUACGCUCCUUCACAACACCCACUUAUAAAACAAACCUGGCGUAAUGUUAUAGGUUUAUCAUGAUGCAGUCAUACACUGCUCUGUCUUUCUUGAAAUACCCUACCUGCCAUGUCAGUCGUCUUUUUCACCAGCAGAGAGAGUGUACAGUUACGCCAAUGUGAUAUCAUUUUUGGUGCAGCAAGCGUCACAUUUUUCCUCAGGAUGAUUUGUCGUGGUAAGUUUGAUCAAUGUAUCAUGCCAUUAAGAUAUUUCUUAUUACACAUAGUCGAUGACAACUGGAUUGUAAUUUCCCCGUCCUACAGCAGCAUCUAGUAGGGCCGUAUGAAACCAGCUGGCAAGCUGGGUCUGCCCCGCCGGGCUGGAGCCGAUACCCCUUGAGGCGAAUUUAUAGUGCGGGUGACAAGUGUGGAUCAAUACAAAUGAAUUGCUGCUGACAGAUGUCGCGGAACUGUAGGCUUUCAUGUGUCGUUUCAAAUUGUGUGAUGUACAUGACAAGCUCUGCGACACCCCAGUAGAUCAAAAAUGUGUUGCUUUUACAUAUUUUGUUGAGCGACGCUUGUUGUCCGAACUAUACAUUGGCCUGAGUAUAAAUUCACAAUAUCUGUUCUCCUACAUGAUCAUCUUGAACAGGAUUCAGGGAUUUAGUUUCACGAGGUGAAAUGUGCUUUACAUCUCUUGUUUUCAUAUCUUAAAAUGCAUAAAUGUCAGAAUCCCUGUCAUGUCAACAGAUAUGUCUUCCCUAACUAUUUUGUAAAGCUUUUUGUUAUUUUUUUUACUAAGAGUGCAUAGCACUUACUGUGAUAAAUCAUCAGCCACUCGCACAAUUAAGCACCUUACAAAAUGUGAUGAGCAGCAUCCUCAUUGAAAGAGACAAGACCGUGUGACUGUCUUGUCUAUUUUUGAGUGUCUGUGAAGUUAGUUGAAUGUCCUAGUGAACGUAUCGAAUACCUGACUGACAGUUUUAUUUAUAUUUUCUAUGUCAAUGAAAUUACAUUGUUUUAAUUUUGUAAGUGGGAAUGGGACAGGCACAGUAUGUUGUAUAAAACAAACUAUAUUGCCACUACUGUGAUGCACAGUAAUAUAAAGUAAAAGAUUUCAGAGCAAAUUUUCAGUUUAGCCAAUUAGUUUCAAAUUUGUUCAGUUUUGUUUCAAUGCAUAAAGUUAAAUAAAAUUCACAAUUUGCUUUAC